AUGCAAGUGCUACGGUUGAUAUUCAAGCUGAUAACAUUGUGCGGAUGUUGGCGACCAGCUUCUUGGGACCCGACGCCCUGGAGGUACCUCUACAAUGUGUACUCGGUGAUGUGUUUCGUGAUUAUACAUCUCGCCCUUUUCGGUGGCAUUCUGGACCUCGCUCUCACCGUUGACAACCAGAACGAUCUCAGCGAGAAUUUAUACAAAACCACGGCUUUCGCAGUCGAUUGCUAUAAAUUGGCCAGCAUGCUCGCCAUGAGGGAGAACAUGGGCGUUCUGAUGGACACCCUUCAAUCGGAGCCGUUCGCACCUGUGGGCGACGAGGAGCUGGAAAUUCGGACGAAGUUUGACAAAUCGGCCGAGAAAACCGUGAAAAUCUAUACGACCACCCUGGAGGUGUGGUCAGUGUGGACGGUGUUGGCAACGCUGCUGAUGAAUUUUUCGAGCAGAAAGUUGCUGUACCGCGUCUGGUUGCCGUUCGAGUAUACCUCGGCAACGAUAUACUGCUUGGUCUACCUGCACCACGCACUGGCAACCGUAGUCUGCGUUACAGCGGUGGUCGCAUACGACGGCCUGUUCGCCGGGCUGCUGGUACACAUAUACUCUCAGUUCGAGAUACUCCGGCACCGUCUGCGAAACAUUCACAAGAACGAGAACGAUCUGGUGAAACACUGUGCCCAUCAUCAUGACCAGAUCUACAAGUUGGUUCCCAAUGAUUGGCUCGCCAAGAUGGUGAACGACGAGUUCAAAGCCGUGAUGCUCAUGCAGUUUUUCAUGAGCAGCACCAUCCUGUGCUUCGACCUCUAUCAGCUGACGUUGACGGAUUUCGACUCCAAUCUUGCUGACAUUGUCAUGUAUGCUACGUGUGCACUUAUGCAGAUUUUCUACUUCUGUUGGUUCGGGAACGAGGUCAAGCUGAAGAGUCUCGAGGUGCCCGACAUGAUUUUCGAAUGCGAAUGGACGUCGUUGAGCAAUAAGACGAAGAAGAUCCUUUUGAUGAUGAUGAGGCGUGCCACGGUGCCAAUAGAACUCUCCAGCCUACAGAUCGUUACAGUCAACCUCGAAACCUUCAAGGCGCCAGGUUUCUUCGGCGAGGAAACGAAAAUGAAAUUGCUACGGUUGAUCUUCAAGCUCAUAACAUUGUGCGGAUGCUGGCGACCAGCUUCUUGGAACUCGACACCCUGGAGGUACCUCUACAAUGUGUACGCGAUAUUGUUUUACUUGAUUCUACAUCUGGUCUUUUUCGGCGCGGCUCUGGACCUCGCUCUGAUCGUUGACAACCAAAACGACUUCAGUGAGAAUGUAUUCAAGACCACCGGUUUCGCAAUUAAUUGCUAUAAAUUGUUCAGCAUGUUGUUCAUGAAGGAGAACAUCGCCGCACUGAUCGACACCCUUCAGACGGAGCCUUUCGCACCCGUGAGCGACGAGGAGCUGGAAAUUCGGACGAAGUUUGACAAAUCGGCCGAGAAGACCGCGAAAGUCUACACGACCGUUCUGGAGGUCUGGGCGGUGUGGACCGUGGUGGGGACGCUGCUGAUGAAUUUCGCGAGCAGGACAUUGCUAUACCGGGUCUGGUUACCGUUCGACUAUACCUCGGCGACGAUGUACUCCUUGGUCUCCCUGCACCACUCGCUAGCCACGAUAGUCUGUGUCACGAUAUCAGUCGCAUACGACGGCCUGUUUGCCGGGCUGCUGGUUCACAUAUACUCUCAGUUCGAGAUACUGCGGCACCGUUUGCGAAACGUUCACAGGAACGAGAUCGAUUCCGUGAAACAUUGUGCCCGCCAUCAUGACCAGAUCUACAAGUUAGCCAGCAUGGUGAACGACGAGUUCAGAUCUGUGAUGUUCGUGCAGUUUUUUGUGAGCAGCACCAUCCUUUGCUUCGACCUGUAUCAGAUGACGCUGACGAACCUCGACUCCAACCUUAUUGACGUUCUCGUGUACUCCACGUGCACGCUUAGCCAGAUAUUCUACUAUUGUUGGUUCGGGAACGAAGUCAAGCUGAAGAGUCUCGAGGUGCCGGACAUGAUUUUCGAAAGCGAAUGGACGUCGUUGAGCAACAACACGAAAAAGAUUCUACUGAUGAUGAUGAGACGUGCUACGGUGCCGAUCGAGCUCUCCAGCCUCCACAUCGUCACUGUCAACCUCGAGACCUUCAAAGCGUUGAUCAAGAUGUCUUACUCGGUAUUCAGUCUGCUUCAACGGAACCAAUAACGAUAGACCGGUCGUGGACGAUCUGUUGCGUUCGAUCGGAAACGUGCUUGCGAUUUUGUAGACACGGAAACGAGGGUGAUAAGGUAGAGAAUGUAGUCUUGCGAUACUUUCAUGUACUACGAAAAAUAUACGCAGUAAAGUAAUCGGUCAGAGAA